GCACAGAUUCCCUUGGCAGACUGGGAGUCUGCCGCGACUCUGCAAGGCGCGGCCUCAUCAGAGCCAGUCUCAAGAGCCGUAGUCAUGCCAUCUCGGCCGGGCCAUUGCAACUAUGGAACUUGGGGGCAUCCAGAGCUUUGCAACCGCCCCUGCGUGCACAUGCAGAAGACAAGUCAAUGUCCUUCUGGACAAAGAUGCGAGCAUUGCCACUUGCCACAUGUGGCACCGGUCGCGAAAAUGGACAAGCUGCAGCGCACUCUGAUUCAGCAACUGAGCAGGGAUGCAGUCAUUGCCGCUCGGCACUACAUUCUG